UACAUCAACAGGCGGAUAACCCGUAUUUGGUUACACCGGACUCAGACUUGAGGGGGUAUUUUUCCCAUCACAUAGGCCUACGGGUUGUCGUUUCUACUGCGCUCGGUGCACUAGUGUAGGCAAAACAUGUCUCACAAAGCUUGUUACACAAACCCAGGAGCAGGGGUUAAGCGACCUCGUAACGACACAGGGAACAAGUUGACAGUUGUACUUGGUGCACAAUGGGGCGAUGAAGGGAAGGGAAAAGUGGUCGACUUGUUGGCGACAGAGUCGGACAUCAUUUGCAGAUGCCAGGGCGGUAACAACGCAGGUCACACGGUGGUGGUGGAUGGGAAGGAAUAUGACUUCCACCUCCUACCCAGCGGGAUCAUCAACUCCAAAGCUCUUUCCGUGAUCGGCAAUGGUGUGGUCAUUCAUCUGCCAGGCUUGUUUGAAGAAGCUGAAAAAAAUGAAAAGAAAGGCCUUAAAGACUGGGAGAAGAGACUGAUCAUCUCAGACAGGGCCCACAUUGUGUUUGACUUUCACCAGGCAGUUGACGGGCUCCAGGAGGUACAGAGAGAAGCACAGGAAGGGAAAAAUAUUGGAACCACAAAGAAAGGCAUCGGACCAACCUACUCAAGCAAAGCAUCACGUACGGGGCUGCGUAUCUGUGACCUUCUAGCUGAUUUCAAAGACUUUUCUAUGAGGUUCAAGAACCUUGCUCAGCAGUACCAGGCCAUGUUCCCCACAUUGGAGGUAGAUGUUGACGGUCAACUGAAGAAAUUAAAGGAGUAUGCUGAGCGGAUAAGACCCAUGGUGCGAGACGGUGUCUAUUUCAUGUACGAUGCUAUUAAUGGACCCCCUAAGAAGAUUCUGGUGGAGGGAGCGAACGCUGCCCUGCUUGACAUUGACUUUGGAACAUACCCAUUUGUGACAUCAUCAAACUGUACCGUGGGUGGUGUAUGUACCGGACUGGGCAUCCCCCCUCUGAACAUUGGUGAUGUGUAUGGGGUAGUGAAGGCCUACACGACUAGAGUGGGCAUCGGUGCGUUCCCCACAGAACAACUCAAUGAGGUUGGAGAGCUGCUGCAGACGCGGGGCCAUGAGGUGGGCGUGACCACAGGGAGGAAGAGACGCUGUGGUUGGCUGGAUCUGGUCAUCCUGCGUUACGCCAACAUGAUCAACGGCUUCACUGCGUUUGCAUUAACCAAACUUGAUAUCCUUGAUGUGAUGGAUGAAAUCAAAGUGGGAGUCUCUUAUAAGCUCAAUGGCAAAAAGAUUCCCUAUUUCCCAGCUAACAUGGACGUCUUGCAGAAAGUGGAAGUGGAGUACGAGAAACUGCCUGGCUGGAAGAGUGACACCUCAGCCUGUAGGAAGUGGGAAGAUCUGCCAGUCAAAGCCCAGAACUACAUCCGCUUUGUGGAGAUCCACGUUGGCGUACCCAUCAAAUGGGUUGGAGUGGGCAAGGCCAGGGAGUCUAUGAUCCAGAUGUUCUAGGACACGACACCUUCCUCCAUCCUUCCUCUCUCCAUGAAGGUGAAUUGAGGUGCUAUGGUUUUAUCUGCCCUGGUCAGAUUUCCUCUGUUUUGAAAAUGUUUUUCCUACUUUACGGGGCUGUCGCAGCCACACAAAGUGAGCAAAUAUGAGACUUUGAGACAUGUUCAGAAAAUACUUAUAUUGAUUGUGUCACAGUGGCUCUUCUCUGUUGCAAUUUACAAACUGUGAAAUUAUUUUAGUUGAGUUCAGAUAGACUUGUUUAUGUCCCAAUUCCUUUCUUUGCACUGAUAUAGCAUUUGAGUAUUUUGCUAAAUAUUGUUUUGAUUUGACAUUACUGUCAUGUCAGGUAGCCUAUGUUGUUUAGACUUGAAUGAAUCUUGGCCAGUAUCUGAUGCCUAAUACUUGCAUGCUGAUGUAGAACGACAGCUGAAAAAACUAUUUUGAACAAUGUGCAAUGGCCAGAAUUAUGUAGUCAUGAGUAUAACAUUUUAUCUUUUAUUUAACCUUUAUUUAACUAGGCACUUCAGUUAAGAACAAAUUCUUAUUUAUAAUGACGGCCUACCAAGAGGCAGGGACGUGGGCUGGGAUUUUUAAAAAGUUGGGCGAAACACACAUCACGACAGGAGAGACACCACAACACUACAUAAAGAGAGACCUAAGACAACAACACAACACAGCAUGGCAGCAACACAACACAGCAUGGUAGUAACACAAACAUGGUGCAAACAUUGUUUGGCACAGACAACAGCACAAAGGGCCAGAAGGUAGAGACAACAAUAUAUCAUGUGAAGCAGCCACAAGUGUCAGUAAGCUUGUCCAUGAUUGAGUCUUUGAAUGUAGAGAUGUUGUGGUCGUAGAGAUGUAGAGAUGUUGAAUGUAGAGGUGUAAAUGAUGUGUCCUGUAUCAUGUUGUCCACAUUUUGUUGAAAGCGCACAGGGAUCCAUUUUUUUUGCUUCUGUGACACAUUUGAUGAUAUAAAACAAAUUUAUUUUUGAACCAAUCAAAUCUCAGUCCCGAUGUAUUUUUGCACCCGUCAAAUUUCUGUUUUUCGUAAUAUUAUGUCCCCCAUUGAUACUGUACUAUAACAGCUAAGAUGGCACUGUGAUACCACAAAAGUUAUCUAGUGCAAUAUUGUUACAAGUAGAAAUCUUUAAGAAGUGGAAAUCUGAUAUGCAAAUAAAUCUGUUAUAUUGCACAAUU